AACUCUCUUUUGCAUGGAACGAUUCUCAGCCUUCCAUUUUCAACCUGCCCACCGAGGUCUUUCUUUUCCCCGGCUCGACCUUCCUUCGCGCAACUGCCUUUCGCCCUCUAUCCACUCCUCUCUAAACGGAAACCACGUGGGUAACUCGACAAAAAGAAAAAAGUCCACCUGGAUUGUCUGCCCAAGCUCCACGACCUAAUUGCAACGAUGAGCCAACACACCGGCACCCGCCAAGAACCUGAAGAACCUACUGGAUCUGAAAGUACUCAGCCUCGCAGCAACCAGCAGGACAUGAGCUCCAGACUCUUCUCCAUCGGAGGCACAAAUAGCCAUCUUGUACGGAAUGCAGGGCGAAGUGCAAGGGGAAUGCCACCAACGUUCAGUCCUCAGCGACCGCAGCAGCAACGGGCGCAGCAGCCAUACGACUCUCCACAUGGUCAUCAGCACAAUCGGCACAGGGGCCCGCAUGUCCAACAGCAGUCUGCGCGAGGAUACUACGGAAAUCACCCGCGGGAUCCAUCGUGGAAGGCCCAGCCCGCACAUGCAACAUCGCGCGACCAUUUUCAGCAGCGGCAGCAGCAACCCAGACAUGCAGAUCAUACAUCGGCCCGUGCAUUUCAUCAUCAUCAUCAACCGCAGCAAGCGCGCCUUUCGGGCUCAUUUGUACAGGAUAUUCAAGAGAGGAGGCCACAGCAUGAGCGAGAUCCCCAGCAGGACGUCGAUGCUGAGGGUGCCCUGACAAAGAGACACAACAGGAGUACAGGAAUAAGGCGUAGCUGGGAUAGAAGUGUCAAUGGGACCGAGGCAACGUUCACCAUCAUGACAUACAAUUUGCUCGCAAACAGUUUGGUCCAGUGCAACAGACACCUCUAUCGGCACUGCAGACGUGCGGACCUGGAAUGGUCGAGCAGAAGCCGCGCUCUUUUAGCAGAGCUCGACGGACUUGAAUCACACACUCUUGACAUUUAUUGCUUUCAGGAACUGGAUGCAAAGGACUAUGAGUACCUCUUUAAGAAAAAGUUUGCUACAUGGGGAUAUGAGGGAGUUUUUAAAAAGCGCAACGGAUCCAAGCUGGACGGCUGUGCUCUGUUUUACCGCAAAGACAGAGUUCGUGCGCAGUCGAUAAAGACAGUCGACUACAAUCACAACAAGUUCAUCACUCGCGAAAACGUCGGGAUUGUUGCACUAUUUGAUAUUAUGCAAGAAGGAAAAGCGAAACGAAUAUGUGUGGCUACAACGCAUAUCUUGUUCGCACCCAAGCGCGGCAUGAUGAAGAUCGCUCAGCUUCGGAUGCUGCUGGAAGCGGCAAAGAGUCUUAUUGCUAAGGAGAACAUGGAUAUACCAAUCAUUCUGUGCGGGGAUCUGAAUUCUGUUCCACGGAGCGCUGUCAUCAAUUACCUGACAAAUGAGAGUAUCGAUGUGUCAACCAUGCCCGAAACUCAUCUGUCUGGACAGGUUUCAGGUUUAUUUCGACAGGGAAUAUGGGACAACAACAUUAAGCAGUUUCAUGAAGCGUUCGGUGAUACUCGCAGAUCCACCUCGAUUAGAAAAGUGAGCACCUCGGUCAAGAGUGCCAUAGUCGCCACUGGAGGUUUGCAUGCACCAUCUGCUCAUGACGCGGCAGAAGCAUCGAUAUCUACGGGCACGGUCCAAUCCAUUUUAACAUUGGGUAUCAAGGAGACCACGGAAAGCUCUCAAGUCGUUGUUUUAGGUUCUGAGGAGAUGCCAGAAUGUGGACCCGUUAUUUCUCAGCCGUUCCUGUUGGAGAGCGCGUACGACAUCAACAUACCAUCGCUUGACGCCAAAGACAGCAAUCGAGGAAAGACUGGACAGCUAUUCACGACAUUUCACUCGGGCGCCAAACUGAUCUGUGACUACAUCUUCUAUGGCCAUCUUCGGACUGCAGCGGGUUCUCAGAAUUUGCCCAAGCUGGAGCUUGUGGCAUGCUUGGAGUUGCCAUGUAGGGAGCUCGAAGGAGGGACGGGUCUUCCUACUGCCACGUUUGGAUCUGACCAUCUCUCCUUGGCAAGCAAGUUCCGAUUUACUGAUACUGCGCAUACCAAGUGAUGACUCUAGCAGCAAGUGCCCAAUCUACCGCUGUAUUUCCUUUCCAUAAUCUGAAUAUUCAUCGCGGUUGCAAAAAAUAAAUAAAUAUGUACUGUGCAGACAACGCUCAUUCAACACG